GUCGAGAGGAAGGCUCGGCCUCGUGAAUAAUGAACAACGUUGAAAUCGUUCCCGGAGCGUUUGUUCGCUGGAAUUACUCGAGGGGAGUGUGGGCGGCGCAGAAACGUUGAGAAUUUUGAAUAUUCGAGGGGGAAUUAACGCGGAGAAGCUUAAAAUAUUCCGAGGGCCGAUUACAUUCGAGGGGUCGCGCGUUUCUCGGAGUAUAAUUUAGUAAACGUUGACAAAAUGCCGUCAAUUUCGUUUCGCGGAGGUCUAAUGAACGGUCAUUUUGCUGGGGAUGGAAUUAUUCGAGCAUUUUGUUAAUGCCCUGGUCGAACCGCCGCAGAGGCGCGUCGACCGGAGCCAUGGACGGGGAGAGUUUCGUCUGGAGGAGACUGCCUCGCAUAGAGCCGAACAAGAACUUGAAAAUAAGCUUGGAGCUGUUGAGUUACAUCGGUAACUGGCCACCGGAAGGGAAGGCCAGAAAGCUCUACUACGUUUAUUCGUUUUUGUAUUUCACCCUAGUAAUAUCGCUUUAUCUGUUGGUCCAAAUGGCUUUCAUCGUCUCGGUCUGGGGCGACGUCGAGCGGACGAUCGCCGGUUCGUUUUUGCUCAUGACGAACACCGGCAACGCCUACAAGAUGAUCGUAGUUUUGACGCGUCAACGAAGAAUCAGGAAGCUCGUUAAGCUCGUAGCGGGCGAAAUGUUCUCCGGGGAUAACGAGCGGCACGAAAGAGUGGUGAGCCGGUAUACGUGGCUCGGGAUCUUUCACCACGCAACUUAUCAGAGCCUCGGAGCGGUUUCCAUCGCGUGCUGGGCCCUCGGCUCCGUCGUCGACAUCCUCAAGGCCGGGGUCCGACGUCUUCCCGUCGAAAGUUCGUAUCCUUACGACGUCGCAGUUUCUCCCAACUUCGAAAUCACCUGCGCCCAGCAAAUCCUCGGCCAGAUGAUCCUCUGCCUCCAUAACAUCGCCCUCGACACCCUCGUCACCAACUUUCUCAACGUCGCGUGCUGCCAGCUCGAAAUCCUCAGACUCAACGUCCAAGCGAUCGGACACGAUGGACCCGCCGAUCGAGCCUCUUCCGGCGACAACGAACGGGCCAGGAAGCAACUGAACGCCUGCGUCGAACACAACAAAGCUAUUAUAUCCUUCAAGAAAGAGAUCCAAGAAAUCUUUGGCACUUCGAUCCUCUUUCAGUGCUUCGUAAACUGCGCGAUCAUUUGUCUGGCCGCGUUCCAUAUCACGCAAAUGGAAGUUUUCGCACCCGCCGAGAUCCUCGGGACUGGCCUCUACCUCUGCGGAAUGACUUAUCAGAUUUUUAUUUACUGCUGGCACGGCAACGAAUUGGCUCUUCACAGCGAACGUGUGGCUUUUGCAGCAUACUCAGGAAAUUGGUGGAAAUUUGACAGGAGAUUUAACAGCACGUUGAAAAUUUUGAUGAUUCGUUCUCAGAGGCCGCUCUUUUUGACAGCCGGAAAAAUCAUGAUCGUUUCCCUCGAAACGUUCACGUCCAUUCUUCGAAUGUCUUACUCGCUUUUCACGGUUCUGCAAAGCUCGACGAACGACGACGACUGAACUCGCAUUCUUAAAGUCCCUUCGAAAGUGUAUACAUUUGAAAACAUAAAUUCGUC